CUUGGUAAAAAAAAAGAAUUUUUUAAAUAAAAGACUUUUUUUUUUCUUUCCUUCCAAGAAUUACCUCCUAAGUCUUUCCCUCUCAUAAACCCUAGUUCAUCACCCCUUUGCGUCUCUGUCGCUCUCUGCCUUUGUCUAAUACUCAGGACAGGUCCAUAGAAAAGAGGGAAGUUAGCUGUGGCCGGUGGUUCAGAUAUGGCUGAACUAUCUUCUUUGUCAUGUGUUCAGUGUGGCAAACCUGCCCACCUUCAAUGUCCUAAAUGCGUGGAAUUGAAGCUUCCUCGUGAUGGUGCUUCUUUUUGUACUCAAGAUUGUUUCAAAGCUUCUUGGAGCUCUCAUAAAUCAGUGCAUUUGAAGGCGAAGCUAUCCUCGUUAGGGGCUGGUGCAACUGGUGAUCAAAAGUCUGGUGCAGCUAAUGAAGGUUGGCUAUAUUGCUUAAAGAAAGGACAAGCUCGAACUCCAAAACUUCCCUAUUUUGAUUGGACAGGGACUCUAAGGCCAUAUCCUAUAUCUAGUAAGCGAAUUGUACCUACACAAAUCGAUGUACCUGAUUGGGCAAGUGAUGGAAUUCCAAAAAUUGAGCCCAACAGUGAUCUGCAGCAUGUUGUUGAGAUCAAAACUCCAGAUCAAAUUAAGAGAAUGCGAGAAACAUGUCGAAUUGCAAGGGAGGUUUUGGACGCAGCUGCCCGAGUAAUACAACCUGGUAUCACCACUGAUGAAAUUGACAGAGUGGUCCACGAUGCAACUAUUGCUGCUGGAGGAUAUCCAUCUCCGCUCAAUUAUCAUUUCUUCCCAAAGUCUUGCUGCACGUCAGUUAAUGAAGUAAUUUGCCACGGAAUUCCAGAUGCCAGGAAAUUGGAGGAUGGUGAUAUUGUGAAUGUGGAUGUGACAGUGUACUAUAAUGGGGUUCACGGUGAUCUAAAUGAAACCUUCUUUGUGGGAAAUGUUGAUGAGGAGUCUAAAAAACUAGUCCAGGUCACAUAUGAGUGCUUGGAAAAAGCCAUAUCUAUUGUUAAACCUGGAGUGAGAUUUCGCGAAGUAGGUGAAGUCAUCAAUCGCCAUGCUUCUAUGUCAGGGUUCUCUGUGGUGAAGUCAUAUUGUGGUCAUGGCAUUGGAGAUCUCUUUCAUUGUGCGCCAAAUAUUCCUCAUUAUGCUAGAAAUAAAGCAGUUGGUGUUAUGAAGGCAGGACAGACAUUUACAAUUGAACCAAUGAUCAAUGCAGGAAUUUGGCGUGAUCGGAUGUGGCCUGAUGGGUGGACUGCAGUUACAGCCGAUGGUAAACGUAGCGCUCAAUUUGAACACACUCUUUUGGUUACCGAGACAGGAGUAGAGGUUCUCACAGCGCGGUUGCCUUCCUCCCCGAAUGUGUACCCUUGGCUAAAUGCAUAGUUGCUGCUGCUUUGGUUUUUGGUGAAUAUAGGCAGGAAGGGUAAGAGAUGUAAGGUAGGGACCCUUUGGGAGAAGUACACAGCAACAAUAACAGAUAAAGAUUUCUGUCGUGACCAUUGCCUGCUUUGGUGGAUGAUAAUGUUAUUGUAACCUAUUAGAAAAGCCUUCUUCAAUUUUGGUUUUGAGAUGAAAGUGUGACCGAUAUUCUUAUUAUAAUUUCAUUAUUUUUGGAAGAAUAAUGUUCCUGUGUUUUUGUCAAAUAAAGUACACAAUUUAAUGGGCGAA